UACUGAUGAAUGCGUUGGUUAAUACAAGCCGAGUGGAGAUAAAAUAGGCAGAGGCCUGUGUGUUUGUAAUCUGUGGUAAAUUACAAGUUGAACUGUUGUUUUUUUAAACUACAAAAUGUCGUUUUUAAACUCAGAUAAUCAUAUUUGGCCACAUCAUUCUUCCUUAAUGGUGUGUUCGGCCGUCAUUUUGACUGCAUAUCGACAAACUACCGCCAUCUAAUGGUUCAAUCGUUUGUGUUCAUGCGCCUAUAAAGUGAGGUAAACUACCAAUUUCAAGGAUUUUUUUUUCAUGAGUCGUUACAGUCUAUGGUUACUGGUGAAACAUGGCAGAACAUUUGCCAUUUCGGUCUAGGAAAGCUAUAGUGAAAACCAGUAUCAUUAUUAUUAUUAUUUAAUCAACGGUCAAGAAAAAAAAAGUUCCUGGUCGUGUUGCUACACAACGGGUAAACAAGACCAGCGGAGGAGGCUGCGAAGAUGUCGUCCAGCUACUCAGCCAACCAGUAUGAAGGAGCCUUCAGGUCUCAGAGGCUGCAGAACUGGUGCUCCGCCAGGCACCACAGUCAGAGACCCGCAGCCCUAGAGGGUCAUACCACCUUUAUUGCCAACGACAAGGGACAUCUGCUCCCAGGAGUGAAGAAGGGCAGUGCGUGGCCAGACUUUAAGGGCACCUGGGAUCUCCCCGCUCGCCUCCCAGCCCACUGCAUCAACCUCACUGGCCGCUCUGUGGAGGGCCACCGCAGACUGAGGGCCUGGGGUCUGGACCCACAGCACACCGGCACCUCUCAGCCACAAAGAGGCAGCAAAAACACAGCCAGGCUACCGGAUGGAGAGCAGGUCAAUGGGGAUUCACAGCAGGAUGGCACUGCUCUGUCUUCCAAACCCCAGUCCAGGCACACAGCCUCUGCAAUCACGGCCCAGCCGGCUUCCCAGAGCAGGCCCAUUACUGGAGGAGAGAGGCCUGCCAGCCAAAACCAGGUCUCACAGGCAGCUGAGGACAGAUCUGUCGAAGAGAGACCAGCCACUCAGGCUGCUACUGGGGAAGACAGACCGCUCACACAGGGCUCCCAGGAUGGAGAAGGGCCAUCCUCCAGACCUGCUACUGGUGAGAGGACCAGCAGCAGACCACUGUCUAGGACGGACCAGGAUGUCAUGAGAGAGCAGUGACACAUCGCAGCUCUCGCCAAGACACAGUAACCACCCAAGGGAAACUACUACCAUCCUCUAGUCUGGCAUAGCGAGGCACAGCA